AUGGUUCAGCUCGACGUGAUCCGAGCCGCCAAUACGGCUCUUUUUCAGGGCCGUCCCUAUACAGCAGUCUUUACAGGUGCCACCUCUGGCAUCGGUGAGGCCACCUUACGCGCCUUCGCGACGGCAAAUGGCGCGCACGGCAAAGGCUUUCGAGCAUACGUUGUUGGCCGCAGGAAAGAAGCAACCGAGGAAAUCCUUGCCGACUGCUCUCGAUUAUGUCCGGAGGGGAAGUUCAUCUUCGUGUACGCUAGAGAUCUGGCACUGCUGGAGGAGGUCGACAAAGUCUGCUCAGAGAUCACAAAAGCGGAGACAGAAACUGUUGGGAGGGACUCUGCCAGAAUCGAUCUGCUUUAUAUGAGUCAGGGAGACUUUAAUUUCUCGCCUCGCAGAGACACCAAGGAAGGACUCGAGUUCCGUGUUUCACUGCUAUACUAUUCCCGCAUGCGCUUCAUCGGCAACCUUCUGCCUUUACUCCUGGCAUCUGAGCUGCCUGCACAUGUCAUCUCGGUAUUCGCAGCUGGCAUGGAAGGAGAGUUUCAUGUCAACGACAUAUCAAUCCGUGACCCCCAACACUGGGGCACGCUGACAGUCCGAUCCCACGUGUGCGUCAUGCACACGUUUUUCUUCGAGCAUUUGGCAAAGCAACAUCCGGGCAAACUCAGCCUGGUACACGUGUUCCCAGGCAUGGUCAUGACAAAGGCCUUCACGAAUCCAGGGGUGCCUCUCUGGGGCAGGGUGAUGUUUAGGAUCUCCAGACCUGUUUUAAGUGUCUUUUCCACGCCUGUGGCCGAAUCUGGCGAGAGGACUCUAUUCCUGGCAUCUCCACACAGGUUUCCAGCACAUCGAGGAAGUGGAGAUCAACCCACAAAUGCUGCAUCUGCUGGUACACCGAACCUCGUGGUCGCAACAGGGACGGACGGCAAGACCGGCAGCGGUGCGUACGCGGUCGACAUAGAUGGAGAAACAUGUCAUAAGGCAAAGAUGAUCGAGAAGUACAAGGCCGAGGGAGUUGGCGAGAAGAUCUGGGAGCACACGAUGAAGGUGUUCGGUGUCAUCGCAUCAGGGAAUGUUUGGACUGAGUAA